AUGCCCGCGGUCGGGGACCUCCUCCGCAAGAUCAACCCCUGGAACAAGGGCAAGUGCUGCACUCUCACGGCCUCAUUGAUGAUCGCGCUAACCAUGCCACAAGGUGCGGCGGCCCCUCCACCUCCACCGCCCAUCAGCACGGGCACCGCCACUCUGCUCAUCGCCCUCUAUGCCCUCAGCUACUUCGUCCCCUUCUACCUGUCGCCGACGACGCGGCCGUCGCCAACCCUCUCGCGGGAUGCGCCGUCGGUCAUCCGCGCCCGCGUCCGCUCGGUGACGCUGUCUAGUCUCCUCUGCACCGCCUUCACCUACGUGGUGCUCUCCCGCGCCGGGACGGCGGGCACCAGCGAGGCGAUCACGCCGCGGGAGGCGUUGCACCUGCUGGGUCUGUGGCCGGCCGCGCUGUGGGAUUCCUGCCGGGUGCUCUUCCUCACAGCGCUGCUCUUCCUGGGCCCGCUCUUCAGCUACUUUAUCGUCGAGCGCGGCUGGGCCGAGUGGAUGAGGCUGGCGCCCGUCAAGGAAGUCUGGGACGAGUGGACGACCUGGCGGAACAUCAUCGCCGGCCCCAUAACAGAAGAAAUCCUCUUCCGCACCGCCUCCAUCCCCCUAAUGCUCCUGUCCCGCUCCCCGCUGCACAGAACCAUCUUCCUAACGCCCGUCCUCUUCGGCCUCGCGCACGUGCACCACUUCUACGAGUUCCGCCUGACCACGCCGCGGGUGCCCGCGUCGGCCGCCCUGCUGCGCUCGCUGUUUCAGCUCGGCUACACGACCCUGUUCGGCGCCUACGCCACCUUCCUCUUCCUGCGCACCGGCUCGCUGGUCGCCGUGUGCGCCGUGCACGCCUUCUGCAACUGCAUGGGCCUGCCGCAGGUCUGGGGCCGCGUGGAGCCGCCCGAGUUCGACGAGCCCGUGGCGGUGCCGGUGAUGGCCGGCGGCGAUACCGGCGGCGGACUGGCAAAUGGGAGCGGGAGGCCGAGUAUUCUGUGGACGGUGGCCUACUACGUGUUGUUGGUUGCCGGGGCGGUUCUGUGGUGGAGAAAGCUGUGGGUGUUGAGCGAGAGUGAGAAUGCGCUGGUGCCAAGUUCGGCGUUUUCGAGAGUUUAAAAUGCUGCUUCGGGCCUGGAUAAUAAAGCAGCGGUGGUUGGUUUGGCCGCAAGAGGGUUAGGAAGGAAUACCUACCGUACCUACCUUAGGCAUAGAGCACUAAAUAGGGGUUGUGUUGGUUGAGCCUGGUGGAGCUUGGAAAGCGUGGCGAUCUACUGGACUGUACUUGUACAAGGUAAUGUGGACAACAUCUGUACACACAAUGCAAGACUCUUCUGAACUCUACCAGCUUAUAAGCUCUAGACCCAUAGUUUGCAACGAAGGAAAACUGGCC